CCGGAUACCAGCAACCCCCGAUGGGCUACGCGCCCCAACAACCCGCCCCCCGCCAACGCACUGCAAUAGCCUGUCGAUACUGCCGACGCCGCAAGGUAGGUGUUGUGGUGGUGGUGGAUUCGCCAGGCCAUGUGGAGCCACAUUACUGACGCGUGGCAGAUUCGCUGCUCCGGCUUCGACACAUCAGAAGACGGCCGCUGCACCAACUGCGCCCGCUUCUCUCAGGAAUGCAUCUUCACCCCCGUCUCCGCCCAGACGCAAGCCUUCGUCCCCGCGCACACCGUCUGGCGUGGCCAGAAUCCGCCGCAGGGUGCACCACAGCUGUACGGCGCGUACGGCCAGCCUCUUCCGCAGCACGGCGACCGAAACAACCCAUACCCUCCUCCGCAGCAGCCCGGCCAGUACCCGCCGCCGCCCCAGGGCUACCAACAGCCACCCAUGUACGGGCAGUCGCCGCAGCAAGGACAGGCGCAGACUGGGCAGAAGCGCGGAACGGAGGAACCACACACACCCACUCUUCCCCCGCCCAAUCCCGGUGCUCAGGCGCAGAUUGGGUACGGGUAUCCCGAUCCUAAUGGUGCGUCGCCUUCUUUUCUUCCUCCUCCCAUCUCUUUCCAGUGUGCACACGCCUACGACCACACCAACCCUGCUUGGCCACUAGCCAGCACAUACCCGUACGAGGCGUCGCGCGCAUCCUCUUCGCCGCAAAAGCUUGUGCAAGAACUGCAGCAGCGGGAGACGGAGUGGCAGUGGGCGUCGCCCAACUUGCGCCCGUCUGGCAACGAUCCGCGACAGAGCAUCAAGACCGAACAGCCUGUCGGGUCGGUCGCUGCACCCGUGCCGAGCAAUGUGAAGCAAGAGGAGCGCACGUCGACCGACACGAGUAUGGUGCAUGCUCUGAACCGUGGUCGUUGACAUCAUCUGCCUUUUCUUUCUCUCUUGCAUGUCCAGAAAGCUGACUUCCCAACCAGCAGACCCGGCCAACACGAACGCGCCCGAGCGGAUUUCGACAAAGACGCACGGGGUGGAUGCGGGGGUGCAGACGGACGAGGCGCUUCUCACGCCCAAAGAGCGGGACUCUUAGGUGCGGUAAUGGUUGACGAUGGCAUGGGCGGGAGCGGUGGAGUGUGCGAGUACGGAGGAUCGACAGCGUGUUU